ACCCCAGAUCACACGGCCCAACCACGGAUAAACACAAUUAACGUCUAUCUUCCAAUCCCUAUAUAUACACACAUGGAAUGAAUGAAGAUAAUUCAUAAUAAUCACAUACAUACAUUCAUCGUGAAAAGCGAAAGAAGAAAUCUUAUUAUUAGGUUGAGAUCAGAAAGAAGAAUAAUCGAUGGCUGGAUUGAUGGAUAUGGCGAAGGAAUUCGUGGCAGAGAAGGUGGCAAACAUGGAGAAACCGGAAGCCACCGUGAAAAACGUUGAUCUGAAAGGCGUCAGCACCGAGUGCAUAACCUACAAAGCUGACGUCAAUGUCUCAAACCCUUACAGCACUUCUAUUCCCAUCUGCCAGAUCUCCUAUACCUUCAAAAGCGCCGACAGGGUGAUUGCUGAAGGCACGAUCCCAGACCCGGGGUCACUAAAGGCGGAGGCCGACACAAUGCUAGAUGUGGGGGUUAAGGUUCCGCACAGCGUGUUAGCUAGCCUGGUGAAGGACAUUGGAGCGGACUGGGACAUAGACUACGAGCUUAAUAUCAUUCUGACCGUAGAUCUCCCUAUUUUUGGUAACUUCAACAUUCCAGUGAACAGUAAGGGUGAGGUUAAACUCCCAACACUAUCCACUUUAUUUGGAUCUUAAUUAAUUAAAACCCGUUUUAAGAAUGAAUGAUCCGAAGGGGUUUCGUGAUGGUAUUGUACUUGUAUACGUAACUACUUUUUAGUGUAUGUAUUGUUGGAAUUUUAAAGGGCAUGUAAGAAUAAUGAUCUUCACAGUUGGGGAUCGAGUUUGUUUGUUUGUGGGUUUAUUGAUAUGUUAUAUUUGAUACUUCAUUCUAUCUUUA